GCGCCGCGGCUCCGCUUCAGCUCGUGCCUGUGUGUGUUUGUCAGAGUCAGAUCCGAGGGAGAGGAACGAGCCGCCAUUUUCCGAACGUCGCUCUCUCCGAAACAACAACACAAAAAAAAUCUAUCUACACACACACGCACACACAGACCGAGUCCCACGCGUACGCGCGCGCGAACGGCACAUGAACCGAGAAGAAGACGACUGGAAAGAGAAAAGGACACCGAGGAGGCCGAAUGAGGAGCAACGUGCCUCAGCGAAUGGAAGCAAAGAAAGACGCUUUAAACAAGCAACAAAAAUCCUAAUCUGACGAAAGCUGUGCAGAAAAGCCGGGGCCAGUGAGGGAGGGGAGGAGGAGGAAGAAGAACAAGAAGAAGCAGCAACAACAGCAGCAGCAGUCGCCGCCGCCAGAGCAGAAGACGGAGGAGCCGCGUUUAUUGUCCCGGACGCUGGAGCCCGUCCUUUUCCUCCUCCUCGCUGGAUGCAGAUGUCUCUGUUCUCCGCUGUUUCGUGAUUCCGGGGUGGUCGAAACCCCGGGAUUUGCCGGAAAUUGGAAGCUAACCCGAAUCGGAUUCGGUUAGAUUGGGGGGGAAAAGGGGGUCAUCCCCCUUUUUUUUUUACUUUUUUGGAAGGAGGGGGGUUACGGCCCAGCCUCGCACACCUUUUCUCAUUUUGAUCUUUGGAUUUUAAUUUUACAUCAAACUGCAGGAUUUGUUGCCGAAAUUCCCCCGGACUCUGCGCCCCGUCACGUGGCUGUCCUCUACUGAGGCAGUGAGAGGGUGGUGUGGAGCUGGCCUUAGCCCUGGGAGAGGCCGCAGCGCCCGUCUUUCUGCACUGCAUGGCUGCGAUGGCGCCCGCUCUUACCGAUGCACCAGGCGAAGCUCACCAUAUCCGCUUCAAAGUGGCUCCGCCAUCUUCCACCCUUUCCCCAGGCAGCGUGGAAAACAACAGCAACGCCAGCAACAUCCUUAUCUCCAGCAACGGCACCACAAAGCACAAAGCCAUAGUCUCCACAACCACUGCAGAAGACCUUGGUUUCUGCAGUAGUCCUAAGAAGGAAGAGCAACAGCAGCGCAGUAAGCUGCCUGCUCUGGUGACAUCCUUUCUGUGUUCUGAUGUGCCACCAGUUGGCUCCACUAAGGACCCCGUGAAGCUGCAAGGUGUCUUUUUCAAGCAGGCAUCGCUGAAAUCUCGCACACGUUUGAAUCCUACAAUUUUUAAUAACAGUAAUAUAAAGGCAGAGCUGCUGGCUGCCCGACAGCAUCAGACUUUGGAGUUUUCUGGGGACAAUCGUAAAACUAUGAGUGGGAGUGGCCAGACACCAGUGAAUGGCCUUUCUAAGAAAGUUACCAAAUCUGCUGUCGACACUGACUCUGGUGGGCCAGGUAUUUUUGCCACAGCUAAUGGAGGCAAAACCAUGCCUGUUGUCAGUUCUGACCAAGAACAGCUAAUUCCUGAGGGAAUUUUCAAAGAUGGUAUAACCAGUUGCACUAUUAUAAAAGGGGAAGCACUCGAAGAGCUGCCUGUGGGGAACUUAAGAAAUCUAGUGGCCUCUGAGUCUUUUACUGCUGUAAACCCUCUGUCACCUUGCACUGAUGCAGCAGACAGUAGAACUGGGAAAAAUGGGGUAUUGAAUCCAGGGUUUUCUCUUGGUUCAGAAAGUGAAGGAUGGAGCACUAGUCGUCAAAUAAACCCACUUUCUUCACCAUCCCUCAGUCCUUUCAGCACUUUGGACGCUGAAAUCCGAGCUAGGACUCUGCAGAACCAAAGCCGUCAAAAUGAAAUUGAAAGUCGGGUCCGGAGACUCCGUAAACGUUUGCAGGUAGUCCAGGCAAAGCAGGUGGAGAGACAUGUGCAGCAGCAACUUGGUGGAUUUCUGCAGACUAGCUUUAGCAAGCUGCCCAGCUUGGACUCGCUUCGGCAGCGCAGCCCUGCAGUACUCACGCGCAAAGCAGAGGCUGCCUUACGGAGAGUAGCCACUGAAAAUAGCACUUCUGAUGGACUCGGCCAGUUUCUUAAAAGUGGCACAGUACCCACAGAAUUGGAGAGGUUAUUUCUGAGUGGAACUGCUAAUCUGAUGGCUACAGAGCGUGCCUUUGACUCUGAUGUAACGGAUAGCAGUUCUGGUGGAGAGACUGACAUCGAGGAGGAAGAACUCACCAAAGUGGACAUUGAGCAGCGCCAUUUCCCACUGUGGAAAAGGGCAGAAGGCAGAUUUGCUAUGGAGAGGGCCUCCAUUGUAAGCUACUGGAACUGGCUGCAAGCUCAUAUUUCCGAUCUGGAGUAUCGAAUCCGACAGCAAACUGAUAUCUACAGGCAGAUUCGUGCAAACAAGGGUUUGCUGCAGCUUCGCGAUGUUACUUCUGAUUCUCCAGCUGAAGAUGUUGUGAACGUGAAUUUGGAGGCCAGUGGAUGCAGACAAAUGGCACAGGACAACCACAUGCUGGACGUGGAGAGUGCAUCGCCAAACCCCGUUCCUUUAAAAGCCUAUGUCUCAAGUAAACCAGUCAAUGGAGUAGUUAACAGUCUUUACCCCAGCUUCACAUUCACUGGAUCACCAGACAGUUCUGAUACAGAAGACACACUCACCAAGAAACAACGUUUAAACUUGACUUCCACGUCGUUGGAUAGCACAUGUGUGGCAGCACGAACACGGCCUAUAGUUGGCUGCAAAAAACGGCGCCUGGUUCGACCAAGUAGUGUCAUAAAUCUAAACAGAAAGGUUCAACGUGCCUCUGUUCCUCGCUGUAGCUGUGACAUCAACCCUUCCUGUGUAAUGUGUGGCAAUCGAGCUUCACAGUUCACAGGGGAAUCCAGUUAUGAUGCACCAAUUAUGGAAAGGCUGUCCCAGUUUGAUCCCUGUCUUCACCCCAUUCUUUCUUUUCCUGAUGACGUUUCCUUGAACCUGCACUUCCAAGGGGUUUUGAAAUCACACUGGCAAAGUAAACCUCUAGAAAAAAUCAAACCCCCAAAAAAGCUGUCUCUCAAACACAAAUUAUCCUUAUCCAGCAAAACGCCAGACGCAACUUCCAAAGAAAAACAUAAACUUGGAAAUUCUUUACUUGCAGCUGUUCGUCUUUCACAUCACAAGUUACGCACUGAGAAGAUUCACCGGCAGCAUAUAGAUGACUUGCUAAGUGCUUCAAAGUUGGAAAGAGCAUCUGUGUGUAAAGCUGUGGAACGUCCAGCAAUGCUCACUCCCACGUCCUGUGAUAAAAGCCACAAGAGGCGGCCAAGAGAUCACUCCCUCGAGAGGACAGAAGUUGCUCCAAGGCACUUUGUGGACACAGAAAAUCCAUGUUCGUCAUUGGCAAGUUUGCAAACACGGGCCCACAGUCCUCUGAUGAGACAGUUGUCCACAUCAUCUGAAAAUUCCACACCGGUAGCUGCCAACAGUCAAAGUACUUCCAGCACACUGCCUGUUCGGAGACGAAGAGGUGAAAGCUCAUUUGACAUAAACAAUAUUGUUAUUCCAAUGUCAGUUGCCGCUACAACAAGAGUGGAGAAACUCCAGUACAAGGAAAUCCUCACCCCAAGUUGGAGAGAAGUUGACAUUUGUUCACAACCAAUUGCUGAAGAAGAUGAUGCUGCAGAGGUUGAAGACUUGUCAGAUGCCAUGUUUGCUGCCAUGCAUUUGAAGUGUGAAGAACUGGAACGUUCACGAUGGACGUGGACAGCCAGUGCUCCAGCUCAGAGGCGAGGAAGCAGGUCAUAUAAGUCAUUGGAUGGAAGGACAACCCCACUGCUUGGAGGUACAAACCCCUCAACACCACAACCCUCAUCACCUGAUACUGGGCACUUCCAUACGCUGCAAGACUUUGUUCCUAUGCCUUCUCCAUGCAGUCCUGCCAGUCCAGAUCUGAUUUCCAACCCAUACACUCCUGGCUCACGGGAUUCCCACCGGCCACAGUCCAGUGAAGACACGCGCUGCUCCACACCCGAUUUAAGCUUUGAAGAACUGACUGUCCAACCAUGGGAGAGGCGCAAUUUUCCACUGCUGGAUGAUCCAGUGAUUGAUUGUGGGGACCACAGUGAGCUGCAGGAUCGGCCUCCAAGAAACAUUCGACGAGUCUCUGGUAGCAAAUCUGUCAAUAAAGAGACUGAGAAUGGGACAGCGCCACCAGUAAUGGAGGACACCAAACAGCGACUUCAGACAGCAAUGCGAGCGGCUCACCGAUGAACACGACAGAAGGACUUUUUUGCUUGUGUUUUUUUUUCUUUUUUUUUUUUUUCUUUUUCUCCUUUUCCUUUUGGCAUUAAAGAUUCUGCUGUUUGAUAUUCAAACAUCAGUCAGAUUUUUCACAGUUUUUAGUGAACCUAAGGAAGUUUAGUAUCUGUUUUUAAACCUUUUUUUGUCACCGAAAUAAACAUUACAGAGUAGGUUGAAAAUUUAGGAUGGACGCAUGGGGGAGGGCUGGCAUCCUUUUCUAAUAUAUUAGGUGUACACUUAUAGCACACUAUGUAGCAGAGUUGAGGGGCUUGGACAAAGUUCUGAAAAGGGUGUUUUGUAUCAGUAGUUCAUGUCUGUGUCCCCAUGGAGGUUUAGAGUGGAGUGACAUUCAGUGACCUUCCCCACCCUUCUCUCACCCCCUGAACUCCAGCUUAGUGUGCCAUUUCCUUAUCUCCUAUACAAAAGCCUGCAAAGGAAUUGUAUCGAGCACUUGGAUUCGAGUUUGUUGUUUAGAAUUGGGCACUGAGUGCCCUGUGGCUGUCUGCUGCUCUUUGUGCCCUCGUCUUGUUUAAGCCAAGUCUUCUGCAAAGCUCACAUAAGUGUGGCUGUCUUUGCUUAUGUACUUCCCAUCUGCUCAGUAAACUCAAGAUGUAUAUCUGUGUCUGUAUGUUUGUAUAUUUAUGUUGACCUGAGGAGCCUUUAAAUUGCUUCGUUAUUUAGACUAAAAUGUUUUUCUGUUGUCUUGGGCAUGGAAGAAGACACCGGAAGUGUUUAGCACUUGUCACAUGAAUUUUUUCCUUUGCUGCUUCGACACACUCAACAUGCCACUCAAAAUUGUGUCACCGUUCUCAUGUGUUUGGGGUUUGCAGUUUCCAUCAUGCUGCCUUCUUUCAUUAAACUGCUGAAUGCUCAGAGCCUUGUUUUAUUUGAAUGGCCAAAGUAUGGAAACACAUUCCUUUGUUCUGUAGCCAGCAUAUUGGGUGCAAGCUGGUGAGCCAGGAGGGCUUUGGUGUGAAUCUCACAUUCUCUUUAAAAAGCAAACCUGAUUCUUUGUGUUUCUUCAAAUAAAAAUGAAACAAAACAAAAAAACCCCAAAGAUUCCAAAACUACACCCAGCGCUCAGGUUGUUCAAAUAUGGGAAUACAGAAUCAUUUCAUGCCUACAUGUUGCCACCAGCACACAUCAGCACUCGCCCACCAUCUUGACUGACCACUGCCACUCCUCUCUGUUACCCGAGUGGGACUAAUCCGAAGCUGGAAGGGAUGGCAUGAUUCCCAAUGUAUUGCCAGUUGCUAUGCAAGCCGCUUUUUAAAAUAUGUAUUUUAACAUCUGUGUUUUAUGCCUCUCUUCAUCCAUGAUCUGCUCCUACUUUAUUUGUGUAGCCUUCACUUCAGCAAGUUUAAGUUUAUGGCACUCUCUACGAUGUUAGCCAUUAUUUUGUGUAAAUACUGAAAUUUCAUCUUGGAAGGGCAAUAUAAGAAAAAUCCUGAGUUCUGCAGGGUUGUGUGGGAUGGCUGGGGUCUCCUCUUUACUCUCCUCCCCUCCUGCCCCCUCUACCCCCAAAUCACUCCACUGUAAACUGAGAAAAAAAAAAUCUGAAAAUAAAAAAAAAAGUUGCAUUGUACUUUUUAUUUCUUCUGUUUUGUUUCCAUUUUUAUUUUUUUUUCCACCUGCCACUGGUAUUUUGUCUCCAAAAUGAAAGUCGUCUCAUCUUUAUCUGGAUUACUGCACCAUUCUGGGUUGUUAACUUCAUGUUCCCAGUGGUGUGUCGUAUAAAGCUGGCAAUGUGACCUUUUUGUGUAUAUAACCUUCUAAUAAGUCAUUAAAAUGUAUUUAAAUCAAA